AUGUCAGCCCGCUCACCGACCAAGAUCGCCUGCGAUGGUUGUAAGAUUCGAAAGGGUUGUCGGAAUUCUCGCAUCAAGUGUACAUAUCUGCGAGCCCAGCAGCCCCGCGGUCCGCAGCGUCUGCGUUCCACGACCCAGUAUCUGAUUGACCAAGUCCAGCGCGGAGCCGCAGCUCAGCCUAGCCAGGGUCCGACUCACUCCUGGAGACCACAGCGAGUGGGUCAUCCAGUGAUCGGCAACCAGAGAGGUGCGUAUUCGAAGCCCAGGCGCAAAUAUGUUCACUCCUUAUUUUCGCCAUUGUUGAGUAGCUUAUCAUUUAUAUGCCAAAUCCCAACGGAUAUCGUUGCAUACCCCCUAUAUAUCUAUUACGUGCGCAUGUAUCCCGUGUGGCCAAUCGUCGAUGCCAAGAAUGUGAUGUCAAUUCUUCAACAAGACGGGGAUGUCGAUAUUGAGACAUACGCACUGGCGACAGCCGUUGCAGCCGCAACGGUCUCCCAAUUGAGGCUCGACCAGACCUUCUGGUACGGUAAACCGAUCACCGCCGAUAUACUCGCAGCUGAAAGCAUGAGAGCCCGAAGGUUAAGUAAGCACGGGUCCGCAGUGAACUUGAAUAAUGUGCGGACGUCGUUCUUUUUCCAUAUCUACCAUGAAAGCAAGCAUGCAGGCGGGACCGAAUCCCUGCUUUUUCUAAGAGAAGCAAUAUCCCUCGCCCAAAUGAUGUAUUUGCAUCGCGAAACCGCAUAUAUCGGACUGCCACAACGCGAGCAGCAGAUUCGCCGACGAGUGUUGUGGCUGCUGUUUAUCACGGAGAGGGGUGUCUGCAUUCUUCACAAACUUCCUGCUGUGAUUAAGACUAAUAUUUCAACACCCGAACUUCAUCUCGACGGCGAACCCCAGGUUCUACCUGCCUUUUUAAAGCUUCUAAAUUUGUUCCGCCUCUUUGAGCAGUCCAGGAUGUUCGAUUUCAUAGAAGAUGACAAACUUGGGAUGUGUUCGCUUCCUGAUGAGGCGAGGAAACUGGACCAGAGGACUCUUAAAUUUCUGCAUGAUGGGCUACAAGAUGGGUCGACUUUAAUGAGCCACAUCUCGGACGUGCAGAAAGCCGACCUGUGCGUCACUAGGCACUGGAUGCGCAUGAUCCUAUGGAAGGUCUCAACAAAAGACCAGUCCUUUUUAUCUCCCGGGCCUGACUCACCGUCGUUUCCCAUUACAGUUGCAAAAGAACUUCUGGACAUCGUAUCCAACCUACCUCAAGCUGCAAUUACAUCCCAUGGGCUUGGCAUGGAGUUGAAAUUGUAUGGGAUUGCCAAUUCACUGGCUGACGCGGUGAUGGAUAUGACCACGCUGCCAAGGGUUUCGUUGUGGAAUGACGAAAGUAGUCCAUGCAACAUCUUGGCUCGACUUCAUUCAUUUCUAUCUGCCUUCCGCGGCGGUGGGAAUAAGGAACUAGUUGAUGUGCUGCAUAAGAAGAUGGCCGAAGCGCAAUACAGAGCUGAUCGAGCAAUGCCGUCUACAAUACAUGCGCCAAUGGAAAGUGGACAUUUGAUUGAAGCAACUGCAUCUGAAUAUCAACUAGGCGCCGAUGAGCCUCUACUGCCAGGACCCGGUCACACCAUUACGAUUCCAGAUUAUUGGGGCGAGGACCUGUGUCCCCCCCGCUGA